CAAAUGUUAGGUCAGUUAACUACAUUCACAGAACGUACCGUCUAUAUUGGUGUUACCAGUGUCAUCGAUCCGUCAGAGUUGCCACUUAAAACAACCCAUCUGAAAUCAUUUGUCCCCGGUGUUUUGGUGAAUUCUUACAUGAACUUGAUGUAGUUAGGCCUAGGCCAAGGUCUAGACUUGUACUUGAUCUCUCUGGAAUCGAUGCAUCUCCAGAAGCUCGUCUGCUAGAAGCUCUCUCCCUUAUGCUGCUUAAUCCACAACAACCGCCACCGCAACAACAUCCAUUUCACCGUCGAAGGCGCAGCAGCUCUGAAUUUGAUUUCAGGAGAAACCGGUGGGAGUUUGAAAAUGAUAAUGGUAGUCGAGCUCCAUGGUCUUAUGACAUUCUUUUUCCUUCUUCUAACCAGAACCCACAUUCUCGUCGUUCUCGUCGUAGAACCACCAACGAGGAUGAAGAUGAGGAUACGAGUCUGCCUACUUUUAACCCAAGUGAUCCCAGAGCUGUUGAUCCAAGGAAUUAUUUUGCUGGACCAGGGUUGAACGAAUUGAUUGAGGAACUAACACAAAAUGAUAGACCUGGCCCGUCUCCGGCUCCUGCAUCGGCAAUUGAUGCGCUGCCGACGGUGAAGAUGACUCAAGACUAUCUGACAAAUAAUGAAUCAACUUCUCCAGUUUGUAAGGAUGAAUUUGAAGUUGGUGUUGACGUGAGAGAAAUGCCGUGUAAACAUGUCUAUCAUUCUGACUGCAUUGUUCCUUGGCUGAGGCUUCAUAAUUCUUGUCCUGUUUGUCGCAAUGAGCUUCCGGCUGCCAAUGACCAACAACAGCCUCAUGAGGAAGGUGAUAGCGAUAGUCAAGACACCUCGUCCAGUGUAGGAGGAGGAACAGAAGAACAUGGCGCUAGAAAUCGUCGUGGUGGGUGGCGAUGGAAUAAUUUAUCCUCUUUAUGGCCUUUCCGUUCUAGGCAUCGGGAUUUUAGUUCGCAGGAUGACAAUGCUACUACUGCGACUCGUGGAGCAGCAAAUUCUUGGUGGCGUUCUUGGUUUCUUCUGUAGCAUUGAUCUGCUGUCAAAUUAUAUACGAGUCCGGUUGACAAGCUCUCCCCAACCUUAACAGAUUUCACUUUAUUGGAUGAACUUCCGUUGUAAUGUUUUUUUUUUUUUUCAGUUUGUAAGUUCAUACG